UAUAAAACCUACAUUGAUCAAACCCGUGGAUACGGACGCAGAAGCCCAUACAGAAACUGUCCCGGCAGAGAAGACCCCAGAAGUGCUGGUCAAAUUGGCGAUACGCCCAAAGUCGUCCCAUGAACAGCAUUCCGUCCAAAGCCAGCCUCAGCCCCGACCCGUAGAAUCUGUAGACAACUUCACACAUAUCCGACCUCUCCUAGACCUCUGCAGCGACUCCACUGCCCGACAAACUCCAACAUCAUUCUCGUCCUGGUCCUCAAAGCUGGAACCUCACUUUGCCGUCUCUAAAAUCGCAGAAGCAUCUUACGGCGAAGUCUACCGACUCUCCCUCAAAGCCUCGAUCCCCGGCUUCACAAAAGCAGACGAGUCAGUACUCAAAAUCAUGGCGCUGAAACCGCCGCCGGAACACUGUCCCACAGCCUCCGAAGACGGUACAAUGUCUAAAGCAGAUCUUUCCCGCCAGAACAAGAUAGACUGGAUGUCAUCGCCCGCCUCUGUCCUCUCAGAAGUCCAGCUUCUCCAACUCAUGACACCCAUCCCUGGCUUCACCAACUUCCGCGAGCUGCGGAUAUUACAAGGCCGCCCAGCACCCGCUUUCGUCACGGCGUGGAAGGCAUGGAACAAGAGCAAGAUCAAGGGCGAGAAGAGCGUCUUCCCAGACCCGAGCCGCAAAGCCAACUAUGACGAAAAUCAGCUAUGGGCUGUCGUCGAAAUGCAGGACGCUGGAUGCGAUCUCGAGAACAUCGUACUACGAGACGUAUGGAGCGUGUGGGACGUAUUCUGGGGCGUAGCGCUCGCAAUCGGCAAGGGCGAAAAAGGCGUCCGCUUUGAGCACCGCGAUCUUCAUCUCGGAAACAUAUGUAUCCGCUCGUGUCGACCGCCAUUAGAAGACGCCGAAAACACAGAUCCGACGUCCGUUCUCACAGCCCCAAGGAUCCACAAUACACACCGUAAACUCGGCUUCACGGGUCUCGAAACUACGAUUAUCGACUACACCCUCUCCCGCGCUGACACUGCUGACUCCCCGUCUCCGACUGCACAGGAUGUAGCUUUCCUGGACCUCGAGGCUGAUCCCGCUAUUUUCGGCGCCGACGCGACGUAUGAGUACCAGUACGAGAUAUACCGCCAAAUGCGCUCUGCGAUCUACUACGGCCGCCCGCUCGCUUUCACCUCUCCGGACCCUUACACCCUACCUGCCCACCUGCUCGAGAAAACCACAUGGCGAGAUUUCCAUCCCCUCACGAAUCUCAUUUGGCUCCAUUUUUUGCUGCAUAAGCUGCUCGAGAACGUCGUAUGGCCAUCUAGUGAUCCGGAGCUUGAGACCACGCUAGCAAGAGUAGAUGGGAAGCUCAAGAGGGCGGAGCGGAGGGCGCGGAAGAUCGAGAGGGCUUUGGUGGCACUGAGGGACAUGUUAGAUCCGGAAGUGCUAGGGGAUCAAGUGGAUGAGAUGGGGGUAGCGAGUGUUGGGGAAUUAGUGGCGGUUGCGUUGGUGGAGGGGUGGUUGGGGGAGGAGGAUGUGGUUGGAAUUGCUGGAGAAGGGCCGUGGAAAUGAUGAAGACCCCAAUAAUGCUACAAUUAUUGGAGUUCGAGUGUGUUGAAUAGAUGAGUUGCUGCAUUGGUUGGCGUUAGAGUCUUAGAUGCUUGCAUGGCGAGGGGUAUUCAAGUCGGGUGCGUCUCCGUGAUGGGAGGCUUGGAUUAAAAUCUGAAAUGCAUGGCAGCAUCUGGUAUUAUCCCAGAGAAGUUGCAAAGUUUUACACUCACC